GACAUUAAGGAAUACCGCAUCACCUCAAAUUCACAGGUUUUGUGCAUUGGGGCCAUAAUCUCGCCGGUGAAAUCUCAGAGGCUGAAAGAGAUCGUCAAUCGACUGCAUCCGCGGCUCUAUAUUGAGCAAACCGAAUCUGCAUUAUGGGGAAAGAAACGCCACAGCCCUACAAGGCUGGUGCCCAGAGAGAUACAUUCGAAGCUAGCAACGCUGCUUCAUCUUCUGCAAGCUUUCUCAAUAAUAUCGAUCAAGCAUACCCCGAAGAGGAUCUUCCAACAUAUGAAGAAACGUCCUCGUCGGCACCUCUUCUUUCGCGAACCGACGGCCCAUCGGCCAACGAUUCUCAGCCUACCUCCGGUGCAGGGUGGUAUAUCCCUCCCCCCGAUCUUCCAUUUUCUUCGCACGACUACAGUUCAGCUGAUUUCUGGACGAGAUUUCCAAAUUAUUCUACAGAUCCUGAUGCUCUUCGUCAAAUGAUCCUCGAACAAGCUCAAUAUGCUCCAACUUAUCAUGUGGAACUAUCGGGGACCCACCGAGAAACUGAGCGUCGACACAAAAAAGACUCAACGGAAACUAUUACGGAUUUCCACGUACGUCUGAAUUUAACACAUCUGCUGACGACUGGAAUCAGAGCUGGAGGAAAAUUAGAGAUCUUGCCAGAUAACCAGAAGGGAUAUCGUGGAGGAAUAAUCAAGUCUCUCGAGCCCUCCCUUUCGAAAUUUGACAUUGAAUCCGGUUCAACAGGGGAUGAAUUACAAGCCUGGUGUGAGAAAUUCGUUUCCGAUCCAUCUAGCAUGAAAUGCUUCAUAUUUGAACGCAAGAUCAUAAAUCACGACAGAAGUCAUCUGGAGUAUCUCUUACGACGUAUUGUUACAUCUACAAACUACCGUGGCCAAGUUCAUGUCAACUUUCCCACGUCGCACAAACGAGUAAUUGUUUAUUCGCCACAUGUAGUCAACGAGUGGCGAAUGACUACUUGGAUCCGUUGGUUCUUUUAUCUUACAUUCCUGUGGGUAGUUUCCUGGCCAAUUCUAUUCUUGGUCACUCGUCGCUAUGAGGUUGUGAGGUGUAUAUAUCAAUAUGCCGACAGGCGUGCGGGAGUCGGUGUUUCUCCCCGAAAACCAACUGUGCAAAGCGAGGAUGAAUUUGUCAAUCUCUGGGAAGCUGCCUUGAGAUCUGCAAUUAUGGGACGAAUGAUUCGACCGGAUUCCUGUCUGGAUGAGGAUUAUAGGGUACAGAUAUUGCAAGGGGAGAUUGCCAGAGGCCAAGCCGCUGCACGUGCUCUACAUGGUACGGGUAAUGCUUUGGCGGAUGGCGCUAUUGGAGUUAUCACAGCAGCGACAAACCUCGUGGGCGAAUAUAAUGAAGCAAGAGGCUGGGGUUAUGAUUCUUGAAAACAAUUUCCAUAUGGCUGCCAGGAUAAUACGCGUAGCCUGGAGUUUUGAUCAAUCUGUAUGUUAUGUACAGCGAGCCGAUAUACCAACUUAGCAACAGUGAGCGUUUAUUGGGCAAGAAUUGCAGCUGUUGCGAACGGAGACUUUUGUCCCUCUUAAUCAACUAGUAAUGAAAAUACCAAUUGGAGAUUCCCA